AUGGAGCCAGUUGAGAACGAGAGUCUGUGGGAUAGCACCGUGGCCAGCCUCACACCCGUGAGCAAUGCCACAGUCACUACACCAGCCGAUCAUGACACCUACAAGCCGGGUCAGUAUCUUGACCUGCACCUCAGCGGUUCGAGUACACCAGCUGUUGACCCUGCCUACAGCAAGAUGGAGUACGACCUUGUGCUCAGCUCCAGUGCCAACGGAAAGACUGUUGCUACAUCCCCAGACAAGAAGACAACCGCUGUCAUGAUGGAUCUUCAAUACGGCUGUGAGAUGGCAGCCACAACGGGCACAAGCAACCUCAAGAACGACACCGCCUUUGUCAAUGCCAACCAAGCGGGGCUCAACUUCUGCUCCUCUCUGCGUCUGCCAAAUCCAGCUGGUGCCGUCACCCUCUUCGACGAGAUUGUCACACGAACGGACACGGGACAGGUCAUUGAGGAAACCCAGCGCCUGGACCUCAUCAACACGAUGAAGCACCUCUACUGCAAGGACCCCAUUGCCAAGCAGAACGACAGCCUGUUCACAUCUGCCACCGUCGACGUGAACGAGUUUGGCCUCGUCAAGCCAGCACACCGCGAGCUCUACCAGCCCAGCCGAAGCAACAUUGAGGAUGCAGCCAUCAUGAAAGGUCUUCUCAACCCAGCCUCCCCCAUUACCGCGCUCACCAUUGACCGUGAUCCGCUCGAGGAUUCCUGGUGCAACUACAAGAACUUUCUCAAGUUUGUUGAGGACGGCAGCUCGCCAAAGAACGGCUUCUUCCAGUUUGUGCAUAGCAGCGUCAACAGCGGCAGUGCAUACGCCAACCUGCCUUCCAACAUCAAGCCCUACCUCUACGCUGUCGGCAAUGUGUUUGAGGUCUGGUCCGUGCAGCCACAGGGCACCGACGAUCCCAGCUCUGCAAGCGGAACCAAGCCCGCCAAGUCGAGCGACCGCAAGCUUGUUGGAUACUGCGGACUCGCAACCGAUGUGCGAGCGGGUGAUUCUCCAGCAUCCGGGACUAACAAAAUCUUUGGCCUGAUUCUCAAGGACGGAACCAAGACUGUCUAUGGCCCCUACGCUGAUGGCCUUGACAAGGCUUUCACAACCGCAUCAUCGUCGGAGCUGGACAAGAGCGCAGGCACCUACUAUGUGAUUCGACCCAUCACCAACAUCAGCUACAGCUGCACUGUCCCUGUCAUGCACGAGAUUCCUUCUGCAAUGUUCAUGCAUCCGCAGGGCAACACCAUCUACGUGAACCACCUCGGUGGUCUUCGCAUGCGCUGGCACCUGGCCAAUGCAGACAACUGGUUCCGUCGCCAUGAACAGGCAGGCUGGGACACCAAGACGGACAGCUUCAGCUACGAGAUACAGCGGAUCAACUUCCGCUUCCGCACCGUCACCCCCAGCCUGGACAUGGAGGCUGCGAUGCAGGAGGCCAUGCAGAGCGCCGACGGAACCUUCUUUGACAUCAUGACCUACACGCAUGUGGCGCAGCCCAUCCCAGCAGGUGUCAAUGACUACACCAUCAACCUCCCAAGCUUCACGCAGCGAAGGGCGUUUUCCCUGUUUGCAAUUCCAGAGUACAACCAGUCGCUGUGGCUCAACUCUGUCAAGUUUGCAGACAUCCUCAAGACCCCGAUUGACACUGCGGAUCCCAAGGAUCUCUCGUACCGAGUGACCUCCAAAGGUGGCGGGUCCGAGCAUGGCUUCAAGGAGUGGCAGUGGCAAAUCAAUCAACGCCAGCAGCCGAGUCACCCAGUGUCUGUGGAGUCCCUGAGCAAGUGCCCGCAAGGCCUACUGGCAACUGCAGGUGUCAACGCACAGGAGCAAGCAAAGGCCUUGGCCAACAUUGGCCUCCCCGUCAAGGAUCUGCGCAACCAAUCCAGCAUGCUUGUGAUCCCACGUCGCCUUUCCGCUCAUGGUGGCUUUGCAGACCUGCUCACAGCCAACCCGAAUCUGCGCGUGCGUUUCACAAAGGUCACUCCCGAGUCCUUCAUCAUGCACUGCUUCUGUGCCCACCAGCGUCGUGUCACUGUGAGCAACGCUGCUGGCGUCGUUGUCUCUGAGUGA